CUCUCAGUCCAUCUUUCCCCUUCCCUCCAUAAAUCCCGACACCUCCUCCAAUGGAGGCGCUCGCUACCGCACCCGCGCCGUCACGUCCAGGCCCCCCACCCCCGACCCGCUGCUCCCAUCUCCGCCGCCCCAAAGCCCUAGCCACCUCCAAGCUCCCUCGCCGCGUCAUCGCCGCCCUUCACAUGGACGGCCCCCGCGCCGCGCCCCUUCGCUGCACUCCCGCCGAGACGGACGCGGUGGCGACGACCUCGGACCAGACCGAGACGGCGGCGGCGGUCGAAGCCACCGAGCUGGGCAACAACGGGGCCCCGGCCCCGGCGGCGGACGCCCCCGCCGCCAGCAUCGAGGGGCUGGACGGGAUAAAGAUCCGGAGGCGCCCGGUCACGGGCCCGUCCGUGCACCACGUGGGCCCCUUCCAGUUCCGCCUCGAGAACGAGGGCAACACGCCGCGCAACAUCCUCGAGAAGAUUGUCUGGAACAAGGACGUUGAGAUUUGGCAGAUGAAGGAGAAAAUGCCCCUGUACAGGCUGAAAGGUCCUCUGGACAAUGCGCCUCCGGCCAGGGACUUUGUUGCUGCGCUGAAAGCGUCCUACGAUCGGACUGCUCUGCCCGCUCUGAUUGCGGAGGUGAAGAAGGGGUCGCCAAGCCGGGGGGUUCUUAGGGAGAAUUUUGAACCGGUCGAGAUCGCUCAAGCGUACGAGAAAAAUGGAGCAGCAUGCUUAAGUGUUCUUACAGAUUCAAAAUUCUUUCAGGGAAGUUUCGACUACUUGGAGGCUAUACGCAAUGCUGGAGUUAAGUGUCCUCUUCUGUGCAAAGAGUUCAUCAUUGACGCUUGGCAGCUUUACUAUGCACGGUCUAAGGGAGCAGAUGCUGUUCUUCUGAUUGCCGCCAUCUUACCUGAUCGUGAUAUCAGUUAUAUGCUGAAAAUAUGCAAAAUACUCGGGAUGGCAGCUCUAGUUGAGGUGCAUGAUGAAAGGGAAAUCGACCGUGUUAUAGGGAUAGAUGGCAUUCAGCUUAUUGGCAUCAAUAACCGUAAUCUUGAAACUUUUGAAGUUGACAUUUCAAACACGAAAAAGCUUCUGGAGGGUGAACGGGGACAACUUAUAGCCCAGAAGGACAUAAUUGUCGUAGGCGAAUCUGGACUGUUCACGCCUGACCAUGUUUCAUUCGUUCAGGAUGCCGGGGUCAAAGCGAUUCUUGUCGGGGAGUCCCUCAUCAAGCAGGAGGACCCUGGGAAAGCAAUCGCUGGACUUUUCGGCAAAGACAUCUCACCCGUGAGUAGUGCGGUGUAAAUAGGAAAAGGGGCAAGGAAUCGUGAAAUGCUGGGCCUCUCAUAUUUUGUAUAGGAGAACAGAGCGAUGUGCGCUUUUGGAGAGUUUUGGUCAGCAAUUUUGUUUACCUGGCCAGUAUCGGUGUUCUUCCCUUGCUGCCAUUUCCUGGAAGUUGUAACCGGCCUCACUGUUCAAAGGAUGCAAUGCGAAGAGAGAUGAUCGAAUAAGUUGGGUGUA